AACUCGAUAGCUCGCGACAAGUGAUGGGCCACCACGUCGCCGACGCCGAUCCCCUGCCGCUCCGCAUCUUCUUCAUCCCUUUUUUCGCCACCGGCCACCUCAUCCCCUUGGUCGACGUUGCCCGUCUCUUUGCAGCCCGCGGAGUUGAUUCCACCAUCCUCGUCACGCCGACAAACGCGGCUCUCAUCCGCGUUACGGUCGACGCCGCUGCCGCCGGCGGACUUCCUCUCCGCACCCUCAUCUAUCCCUUUCCGUCCGCCGAUUCCGGCCUACCCCCAGGCAUCGAGAACAUCAGCGACCUGCCGCCUGAGGAGUCGUACAAGAUCGACUUGGCCGCCCCCUUCACGCGCCCAGCCCACGAACAGCUCCUCCGCCUCCACCGCCCGGAUGCAGUUGUCUCCGACGUCCACUUCCCGUGGACCGCCCUCGUCGCCCGCGACCUCUGCGUACCCCGCUUUAUCUUCACUGCUGUGGGGCUUUUCCCCGUCUCCGUCGUGACUUCCGUAAGGCAGCACCGGCCCCACGCCGGCGUCGCCCGAGACGACGAGCCUGUCCUCGUUCCAGACCUCCCUCAUCCAGUGUUCCUUACGCGUUCCGAGCUCCCAGAAUUCCUCCGCCGAGAUGUUCCCCUGCGUCGGUUCCGGGACGAGUACAUGGAGGCGGAGACUGCAAGUGCGGGCGUCAUCGUCAACAGCUUCGCCGAGAUGGAGGCUUCCUACAGCGAGUACUACCUGCGAGCCCGCGGACUUAGAAGCUGGUUCGUGGGACCAGUGUCCCUGGCGAUCUCCAACGCCGGAUUACGCGGUGGCGGCGACGCUGCUGCCUCCGCGAACAGAACACGGUGCCUCUCGUGGCUGAGCGUGCAGGCGCCGAGGUCCGUCGUGUACGCUUGCUUCGGGAGCUGGUGCCGGUUCACGAACGAACAGCUGAGGGAGAUGGCGCAGGGGCUGGAGGCGUCCGGCCGCCCGUUCCUGUGGGUGGUGCGCGAGGAGGACGGCCAGGAGUGGAUGCCGCAGGGGUUUGAGCAGCGGGUGGAGGGGCGUGGAUUGGUGCUGCCAGGGUGGGCCCCUCAAGUGGACGUUCUGAACCAUGAGGCGACCGGUGCGUUCUUGACUCACUGUGGGUGGAACUCCUUGCUGGAGGGCAUCGCCGCGGGGAUGCCUAUGGUGACUUGGCCGCUGUCGACGGAGCAGUUCAUAAACGAGAAGCUGGUGGUGGCGGUUCUGCAGGUGGGCGUGCGGGCGUCGGAGCGGUGUCGGAGCACGGUGGACGACGAGCCGCAUGUGGUGAGGGCGGAGGAGCUGGCGAGGGCAGUGGGGAAGAUAAUGGACGGAGGGGAAGAGGCGGAGGGGAUACGGAGGCGGGCAAGGGAGCUCGGGGAGAAGGCGGGACAGGCGGUGAGGGAGGACGGAUCUUCAGUCAAGGGGCUGAGUGAUCUGAUCGCGGAGAUCCGAGACUGGCAAAGCAAGAAGAAGGACGUCGCUGCCGAUGUGGUAGGUUCUUAUCAUCAGCCUUAACUCCAACCACGAACGUAAUUACCUCCGAAUAAAAUUACAAAUAAGUUUCAGUUUCAAGAGGCGUGAAAAUAUGCAAAAUGUACGAUACUGUACCACCUAAGGAACAAUAUCAUCUGU